CUACCAUUGACCCUCGCAGCCCCAGCGGCAGUCGCAUCCCUCGCCUACCUUCGUGCCAAAACCAGCUGGCCCAAUGACUACGCCCUGUUGAAGGCCACAAUCGUCGGCAGUCUCUACGUCAAAAAGUGCGUCAAGGAGGACCGCGUCAAUCUCUUCUACGAGCUCGAAAAGCACGCUCUCGAUACAAAGGCACGCGACCGCUCUUUCCUCGCCGUACCUCCUCAUAUCCCCAAAACCGUCUCUUCACCAGCAGACCUGGAGGGCUUGCAAGCAACAGAAUUGAGUUACAAACACGUCUAUGAGACAGUCCUGAAGUUUGCUGCAUGGCUGAAGCAAGAGCAUGGUGUUAACAAGGGUGAUAUGGUCGCCAUCGACUUUACCAACAAGCCUCAAUUCAUUUAUUUGUGGUUCGCAAUUUGGUCGCUGGGCGCAAAGGCUGCAUUCAUCAACUCGAAUCUCAGAGGGAAAGCCUUGUUGCACUGCGUCAAGGCUUGCGAGGCGAAGCUCUUCCUUGUGGAUCCCACAAUUAAAGAGGCAUUGACAGACGAGGUUAGACAGGAGCUCGACGGUUCGGUCGUGUCUGUCGUGCUAGAUGAGGUCAUUGAGAACAGAAUUGUUGCGGUUAAAGGGUUGAGAGCGCCUGAUGCAGAGCGAGGAGGUCAACAAAUGUGGGACACAGCAGUGCUCAUCUUCACAUCAGGAACCACCGGACUACCCAAGCCUGCCGUGGUACCGUGGAAGAANGCCAUGCCUCUCUACCACAGUUCCGCAACUGUCCUCAACAUCUCCCUCGUUCUGCACUCGGGCGCAACCACAGUUCUUUCCCACCACUUUUCACCCAAAACCUUCUUCGCCUCGGCCAUCGCUUCCAACGCAACAAUGAUGCAGUACAUUGGCGAAAUGUGCCGAUACCUGCUCAGUACUCCCCCUUCGCCUUUCGACCAGGCUCACACAAUUCGCAUGGCCUUUGGCAAUGGCCUACGUCCAGACGUAUGGCUGAAGUUUAAGGAACGCUUCAACAUUCUCGAAAUCGCAGAGUUCUAUGCCGCUACCGAAGCUCCUGGUGGCAGCUUCAUCAAGAGCAAGAACAAUUAUGGUCACGGUGCUGUGGGAAGAGCAGGAACAGCCAUAUCAACCCUCAUGGGCAGCCAAUCCGCAAUCGUCAAACACGACGUCGAGAGCGGAGACCCCUACCGCAACUCUUCCAACUGGUGCGAAAGAGUUUCGCCAGGAGAAGCAGGAGAAUUCAUCAAUGCAUUGGACCCUAAUAACAUCAAAGAGAGCUAUCUAGGCUACUACGGCAACCANAAAGCAUCUUCCUCAAAGAUCCUGCGCGAUGUGUUCAAGAAGGGAGAUGCAUGGUAUCGCACCGGCGACUUAUUGCGCAAAGACUCCGAAGGACGCCUCUUCUUCGUUGACAGAAUCGGAGAUACCUACCGCUGGAAGUCUGAAAACGUGAGCACGAAUGAGGUCGCCGAAGCUUUGUCUACAUCACCUCACAUUGACGAAAUCAACGUUUACGGCGUGGCAUUGCCUAACCAUGACGGACGUGCUGGAUGUGCAGCUGUGAUGCUCAAAUCCGCUCCUUCAUCCCAGGUACUCAAGGAACUUGCCGGACACGCUCGAGAGAAGAUGCCUAGAUUUGCAGUUCCUCUGUUCUUGAGAGUUGUUAAGGAGUUCGAGGUUACGGGCACCUCAAAAUACACAAAGCAUGGAUUGAGAGAGCAAGGCGUGGAUCCGAGCAAGACGGGAGAGGAUGGGUUGUUCUGGUUGCCUGUGGGUGCGGAAGCUUACGAGGAGUUUGGAAAGAGAGAUUGGGAGAAUAUUGUUGGAGGUGGAGUUAAGCUUUGA